GAAGCCAUGGCUUCCACCAUGAGAGUUCCUCCUCUCCCACUUCAUCAUCGCCACUACCUUCUCCUCCACCUCCCUCUGUUGGUCACUGCUGCUGUGCUUGCACUUGGAGGGGCUCAAGCUGGCAAGGUUCCGGCGAUCUAUGUCUUCGGGGACUCGACGGCCGACGUAGGCAACAACAACUACUUGCAGAGGAGCAACGCCAAGGCCAACUUCCCCCACAAUGGCAUCGACUUCCCUUUCUCAAGGCCAACAGGGAGGUUCAGCAAUGGAUACAAUGGUAUUGACUUCUUAGCCAUCCAUAUGGGUUUUAGGAGGAGCCCUCCAUCUUUUCUUUCCCUCACUAACAAGACCAAUCACCAAAUCUUUAAAGGGCUCAAAGGUGUAAAUUUUGCUUCUGGAGGAUCAGGAAUUCUCGACUCGACUGGGAGCACCAUUACCAUGACAAAGCAGAUUCAAUAUUUCUCCACGUUACGAUCGAAUAUUAUGACACAAAUUGCUACUGAGCCUACUUAUCAUUUGCUCUCAAAAUCCAUCUUCCUUAUCAGCAGUGGAGGCAAUGAUAUAUUUGCCUAUUUUACGAAAAAUAACUCUCCAAACACUACUGAAAAGGAUCAGUUUGUUGCUACUCUUGCCUCACAAUAUGAGAACCACUUGAAGGCAUUGUUUACUCUUGGAGCAAGGAAAUUUGGUUUAGUUGAUGUCCCUCCCAUUGGGUGCUGCCCGUAUCCAAGAAGCCUGAAUCCUACAGGUGGUUGCCUGGACAUCUUGAACGAAUUGUCUCUGGGGUUCAACAAAGCUGUGCAUUCGUUGAUGCUCAAUCUUAGCUCAACAUUGGAAGGGAUGAAGUACUCGGUUGGAAGUUCUUAUGAGGUGGUUUCCGGCAUAAUAAGAAACCCAGAAGCUCUCGGUUACAAGGAGAUCAAGACUGCAUGCUGUGGAGCCGGCAAGUUCAACGGCCAAUCAGGAUGCACUCCUAAUGCUACCUACUGCUCCGAGCGCCACCACUACCUGUUCUGGGACCUCUUGCAUCCAACACACGCGACAUCCAAGCUUGCAGGAUCAGCCAUCUACUAUGGCUCGCAACAAUUUGCGAGUCCCAUCAAUUUUAGGCAGCUGGUGGAAGAUGAGAACUGAAGUUAGUGAAGAGUUAUGUUUUAAGUUAGUGAGGCAAGUGAGAACUGCAGUGUUGCCUAGAAUAGGUUUGUUUGGGUACUAUGCUGUCACAUUACAGAAGAUGAGUGUGAUUGCUCUCCUCUUUUCUCAUAUGUUCCUUCUUCUCCCUAUCUUCAUCGCUUUAUGUUGUAUUUUGUGGAUAAUUGGUGGUAAACAACCCCCCACUGAGCUUCAAUAGGAACUUCCAUCAUGCUCUCUAAAUUUCAA